AUGUAUAUUACUUUAGAAACACUAAGAAAUAAGAAUACUCUUUGGACUAUCCCAUAUAAAAUAGAUUGUUAUUCUUCAUACGCUUCUACAUAUAAACCUUCUAACAUAUUAGUUGACAAUCCAUCCGAUGCGAAUUCUCGGUGGUCUACUACUACGAAUGAUCAUAGACAGUACAUAAUACUAGAAUAUAAAUCAUCCGUUGUAUCUACAAUAACAUUCGGUAAAUUUAGUAAAAUACACGUUUGUAAUAUAAAAGAGAUGAAAAUAAGUGUAUCUUACGAUAAAAAAUCGUGGAUAGAAGUAUUUUAUGGUGGAUUAAAGAAUGAUACAACAAAUGAGACACAUAAUCUUUUAUAUAUACAAGAUGAAUUAAUUAUUAGUAGAUAUAUGAAAAUUGAACCUUUAGCUGCCUGGGGAAUGAAUUUUAAUUAUUCGAUAUGGUUUAUACAACUUAAAGGUAUCAGUAAUACGAGGUUUAAUGAUAUAAUGUACGAAAGGCAGCGCACACAAGAUAUAAAGACAGUUAAAAAAAUUUUAAAAAAGUAUAAUGAAUGUAUACUUGAUAGUGAAAGUGAAAUAGAAAGGUUAAUAAAAUAUAAAGAUUUUGACAAGUUAGAAAAUUACAUUUUAAAUCUAAAUGAUGAUAAAUUUGAUGUGUACGUUAAAAAAUCGGCGUAUUACGGUAACUGGACUGAAAUUAAAAACAAUGAAAAUAAAGAUUGGCCUUGUCCCAGGGGUGGACAUCAAAUGGUAUGUACAAGUAAAGGAAUCUAUUUGUAUGGUGGGUGGGAUGGACUCGAAGAAUUAGGUGAUAUGUGGCAUUACAAUGGAAGUUGGAAGUGUUUAUACCAAGAUUUAAAUAAAAGAGAUACGUAUAAAGAUGAUACAAUAGAGAAGGAUGUAGUAAGUGAUAAAAAUAUGAACUGUAGUGUGAGAUUAGGACAGUCCACAUUCGAAGAAGAAAUUAAUAUAACACGACAAAGUGAAAUAGAAAAAGAACACUGUGGUGCUAAUACUAUUACAUAUGUAGAAGACAUUACCACUACAUUACAGGAUACCCCUGGAAAAAGAUCAUGUCAUAAAAUGUGUACUGAUGGACAAAGGUUAUAUUUAUCAGGUAAAUAUAUACCGACAUCAGAAAGAACGGGUGAAAUUAGUAGCUCAGAUAUAUGGGUUUAUAACGGUAAAUGGGUAAAAUACAAUAGUACAGGGGAUGUUGCCUCAAACAUGUAUGAUCACUAUUUAGUUUACAUGCACAAUUUAAUUUAUAUGUUUGGUGGUAAGACUACUAAUUUUGAUGAUUCAUUUGGUGGACUGUACAAAAUUCAAAUCGAUGACAAAUUAUCGUCGGCCAAAUGGACACGUCUUCUCGAUUCUACGAUUCAAUCGCACGAUUCUCCCGUUUUAAAAGGUAGACUUGGACAUGUCUUGUUACAUAUAAAUCUUCCCGAAUAUCCCAAUACACUUGCUGUGGUAGGUGGACAGAGGGGAAAAGAAUACUUUAAAUCUAUAUCUUUGUAUUCUUUAGAUACUAACACAGUGUAUGAAACUAUUCCCUUUCCUAUUUAUACUGAUGGUCGUGUACUACAAAGAAGUAUUUUAUAUAACACUGAUAUUCUUAUUCUUUUUACAUACGGAAAAGAUAAAGAAAGCAGACUUGACAUAUCAGCACUAUAUUCAUACAGUCUUGUAUUUAGAAAAUGGACAGAAAUAGAACUGGAUUCGGCCGGGCCUAUGCCGAGAACGGCACAUCAAUUUGUGCUAUGGAACAAUAUUUUUUAUUUAUUCGGCGGAAAUGUAGUUGACACUAGACAAAGUGAUUUAUGGAUGUUAGAAUUAAAGAAAAGGACUUAUAAAGAUGCAAGACGGAUGGCUUUUAUGACUGUUAGAAAACAUAAGUUUUUCGAGAUUUAUAAAAAUGAUACACAGGAAGGUUUAAAGUAUUUAAGAAGUAAAGUAAAAGAAUGUGUUGUAGACAGAUACACAAAAAGGAUAUUUGAAGAUACUUGUUACGAGAUAUUUAAAAGAAAAAGUGAUGCGCUGGAAGAUAUUGAACAAUAUAUUAAUAAAUAG